AUGGUAUUGGCUAAACAAUGGGUUUUGAAAAACCUACCAACUCCUGGUGAACCAUUUAACUUUCAUUUUCACGAUCCUGCAUGUACUUUCGAGCUCAUUGAAAAGGAACUCUCUUCAGAACAAUUAAAGGACGGUGAAUUACUACUGGAAACAACUUAUUUAUCUAAUGAUCCUGCCCAAAAAUUUUGGAUAUCAUCAAUGGACAAAAAUUACGCCAAAGGUGUCCAGCCUGGUGAAAUUAUUCCUGCAAGAGGAAUUGGUAAAGUCUUGGCCUCUAGAAAUAAAGCAUUCUCUCCUGGCGAUUAUGUCUCUGCAGUGACCGGCUGGACUACACAUGCCAUAAUUUCGCAAGAAAAUGUUCAAGGGCUGAGAAAGCUUGACAAAAACAAAGUUGGUAAAUUAUGGUGGUAUCUCUCUGUCUUAGGUGGUACGUCUUUAACAGCUUAUUUUAUUUUCUUUACUUAUGCUCAAUUGCAAGAAAGAGAAGAGGACUAUGGAAAAGUUUACCUAAUCUCCGGUGCAGCUGGUGCCGUCGGUACCGUUUGCAUUCAGCUGGCCCUAAACGUUUUUAAGGCUUCAAAGGUUAUUGCUAUCGCAGGUGGACCAGAAAAGGUUGCUUUUGUUGAAUCCUUUGGUGAUAAUGUAGUCGGUGUUGAUUAUAAAGAUCCAAGUUUCAAGCAGAAACUUAUCGAGGCCGCUGGAGGUGAGAAUACCGUGGAUUACUUUAUCGAUAAUGUUGGCAGUAAUGUGUUGGAAGCAGGUGUUCUACUUCUAAAGCAAAGGGCUAUGUUGAUAGCCUGUGGUGCUAUAAGUGCCUAUAAUGAUCCAUCUAAAUUUGUCUUUAAGGGGUAUAGCUUUAUUCUGACUAAACGAUUGGUCGUUAAAGGAGUACUAGUGACAGAUAAUAUUGAUGAUUUUCCAAAGGCAUUAGAUAAAUUGGGUUCUCUGGUUAAGCAUGGUAAGAUUGACCUCUUGAAAUCCGCUACCCUUGAAGAUGGUACCGGUGAUAAGUUCAAGAAUGUUCCAUUGAUAUGGAAGGGUCUAUUUAGCGGUGUUAAUAAAGGUAAACUUAUUACCAAGGUUAACAAUGAGGAGUGA